AAUUAUUGCAGAUAAGAUUUAUGUAGUUUAGGUUGGGCCUGGUCCUGUAGUGCGUGAAUUGUAACGUUACAUUGUGAUGUAAUGUUAAUGAUCUUUUGUGUGCUAAUAAAUGAAGAGUUGAUGCUAACAGUGCGUAUAAAGCACCUUUCUAAUUUGUCAAGUGCUGUUGCACCCAUUAAGUAGGAACAGGCCCGCAGUUUUUCUUUUUAAUAGCAUGUUGUGUGCAUAGAAAAUCAACCCAGGUACUUCAUCCAGCUGCAGUUCUGGCCCUAAUGUUUGAAAACAGUUGCACAUUUGUCAAUUAAACCUGACAAAAUUCAUCCCUUGUUAAGUGACCAACAUGAGAUCAUGACUGAAACAAGCUUCUGCAAAUUGGAACCACUUUCAUGUAAGAGAAAGCAGCAAGUUUUCAAUUGGGUUGAUUUUUAAUAUCUGAAGUUGUGUCCUGCCUGUUAAUGCUUACUAUACUUAUUUCACAGGCAUCAUGAAAAAUUGUUCUGUUUUGACAUAACCAUUUUUCCUCCCUUCAUCCCCCACUACUAUGCUGACGGCGUGUUUUUUUCCUCAAGAAAAAGUGGAACUCUGCAACAGUCGGAUUUAGACAGCAAGGGCACGCACUGCGCACAAUGCAGUUGCACUUAGACACACAGUAACAGGGCUUUUAGAUAGAUAGGACACGUAAUCUUCCUCCCGUGCUUGGAGUUUUCUUGUUUUCGCCUUUUUCCUUCACCAUUUUAUUUUUACAUUUGGAUCAAAUCGAAUCCCUAAACUCAAAAUGUGUAUACAGAAACACCAUUCGGGUGAAGUGGAGCCCAUUCUUACAGAGGAGACCUCUCUGUAUUUAUUUGUUAUUAAAGUGGAGAACACAAGGUUCAGGUCUAAGUACCACCCAGAUGAGGCCAGUCGGCUCAAGUUGGAGGGACUGACGGCUCUGAACAACCGUUUGAAUGUCUUCAUGUUUCUGAUGGAAAAUGGCUGGUUUGACAACGUUUCCUUGGACAUCGAACAGACGCCAGCCAUCAUCAAGGUCCUUGAUGCAGCUGUUAUAAAGAUGGAAGGAGGAACGGAUCAUGAUCUUCGCAUCUUAGAAUUGCCAAUUGAGGAGCAGGAGGAAAGGGAAAAGGUAGCAUCUGGUGGAGCAGAAACUCAAAAUACAGACAGCAUCAAGAACAUGGAUGGGGACUGCAAACCUUCAGUAGUCAAAGACAAGGAUGAAAAGGCGGAAAAUGAUUCUGCUGUCGAUGAAAGGACUGCUGCAGGAGGCGAGGAUGUCAAAGACGAGGCAAAGAUAGUGGCCGAAGAAGUAAUACCUGAACCCAAAAAGCCAAGGAGGAAGAGGAAGCGCAGCGCAGACAGUGACGAUGAAGCCAGCGCCUCUGAGAGCGAUUCUGACUCUGAAUCCGACUCCAAUUCAGUUUGUUCUGAAAAAUCGGUUAAGAAAGAAGAGGUAGAAGACAACGAGGAGGAGGAGGAGGAGGAGAAAGGUGGAGAUGAUAAACCAAAAAUUAAUGCUGAAGAGGAGGAGAAAGUGGAGAAAAAGGUUAAAGAUGACUCUCCUAGACCACGGCCUCUCCACAAGACAUGCUCUCUCUUCAUGAGGAGCAUUGCCCCCAGCAUUUCCAAGGCUGAGAUUAUAGCCUUGUGUCGCAGGUACCCUGGCUUCCUGCGCGUCUGCCUGGCUGAUCCUCACCCAGAUCGCAGGUUUUACAGGCGCUGCUGGGUGACGUUUGACCGCAGUGUCAACAUCAAAGAAGUCUGCUGGAAUCUUCAGAACAUUCGUCUCCGGGACUGUGAGCUGGCACCAGGCGUCAACAGGGAUCUGGCGCGAAGGGUGCGUAACGUGAACGGCAUCACUCAGCACAAGCAGAUACUUCGGAAUGACAUCAAGUUGGCUGCCAAGCUCAUACGCUCCCUGGACGAGAAAGGAGAGCUGUGGUGCAGCCUGGCCCAGGAUGAGAGCCAAAGCACAGAGAAGACACAGAAUCCUAUCUUGAAGAAUAUAACUGAUUACCUGAUAGAGGAGGUGAGCGCUGAGGAGGAGGAGCUCCUAGGCUCCACUGGAGGGAUGGAUCAAGAAGAAAACACCAAAGAGGGACACUCAGCAGAGAUGACUGUGGAGAAAGAUGAGAAGCUUGCCAAGGUACUUGACCGCCUGGCCUUGUAUUUACGCAUUGUGCAUUCCAUUGAUUACUACAAUGCUUGUGAAUACCCGAGUGAAGAUGAGAUGCCGAACCGCUGUGGCAUGAUCCACGUCCGUGGACCUGUCCCGCCGAACCGUAUCUCAAACGGAGAAGUUCAACAAUGGCAGAAAGUAAUGGAGGAGAAGCUGAGUUCUUUGUAUAGUUCAAAAGAAACCUUGUCUGAGGAAGAGGCUGAGAAGAUGGGCCGCAAGGACCCCGCUGAGGAGGUUGAAAAGUUUGUUUCUGCCAACACGCAGGAGCUCGCAAAAGACAAGUGGCUCUGUCCUCUCAGUGGCAAGAAGUUUAAGGGUCCCGAGUUUGUACGAAAACACAUCCUGAAUAAACACGGGGACAAAAUUGAAGAGGUGAAGAAGGAGGUGGUGUUCUUCAACAAUUUCCUGAUGGAUGCCAAGAGGCCAUCUCUGCCGGAGAUUAAACUUCCUCCUCUUCCAACUCCCGGUCAAGGUUUGCUUUCGCCUGCCAUGCCAUUCCCACCUCAAGGUCCUCAGGGCCUAAUGGCCUUUGCACAGCCCCGCCCCCCGCUGAUGGGCUAUGGUGGACCCCUUUACCCACCUAACCAUUUUGGAGGCGGGCGAGGCAACUACGACAACUUUCGUGGACAAGGCGGUUACCUUGGAAAGCCACGCAACAUCAGAAUGUCACGUGGGGAUCCGCGAAACAUAAUUGAAUACCGGGAUUUGGAUGCACCGGACGAUAUGGACUUCUUUUAGAAGAUUCACUCGGCCCUGUUAGUUAUUUCUUACCCAAAUCUAAUUUUUUUCUUAGCUUUUCAUCUUGUCAUUACAUUGCAUUUUGUGUACACCCAUUACUCAAUAAAGCUGUCAAACCAUAA